AUGUUCAAAUUCAAUUCAUGGCGCCACAAAACCCUAAUCUAUUAUUAUCUCAAGGGAUUAACAUUACAAUCCCCAAACCCUAACCCUCUUUUCCACCGUUACCCAUCGCAAUUUUCUCUUCGUUACUGCACAAACACUUCCGAUUCAACCCCAUUUCCUGUCUCCUACCUCAUCCGCAAUUUUGAAUUCUCACCACAAUUUGCUUCCAAACUCUGCUCCACUUACAACGUUUGUUUCAAAACUUCCCAAAACCCUGAUUUAGUUCUCAACUUCUUUAGAAACUAUGGUUUCUCAGAUUCCCAAUUACGUGAUAUCAUUCAAAAGUCACCAGAGCUACUUUCCUGCAAUCCCUCCAAAAGGGUCUUGCCAAAGUUUCAAUUUUUACUCUCCAAAGGUGCUUCAACCUCUGAUAUUGUUAAUCUGGUCAGUAAAAAUCCCAAAAUCUUGUCUCCAAGCUUGAAGAAUUUUAUAAUCCCAACCUAUGAAUUUCUUUAUGGAUUCAUGCAAUCAGACAAGAAAACUAUUGAUUGUGUAAUUGGCAAUCCAAUUUUACUUUGUGAGCAUCGUAUGUCACGCAACAUCACAAUGCUGGUUGAGAAUGGAGUGGCCAACUCAAACAUUGCAAGAUUGCUUCGGAUCCGGAGUCGGGUAUUCCUGUCACGUGACUUGCUGAAGUUUGUGGAUGAAUUAAAGUUUUUGGGGUUUAAUCCUUCGAAAGUAAUUUUUUCCAUAGCAUUGAGUGCUAAAGCAACUUUAUCCAAAACCAGGUGGAAAGCGAAAGUUGAUGCCUUGAAGAAGUGGGGUUGGUCUGAUGAAGAUGCUCUUGAAGCAUUUAGAAAGAAACCUUAUUGUAUGUUAACAUCCAUUGACAAAAUAAAUUUAGUGAUGAGCUUUUGGGUCAAUCAGAUGGGUUGGGAUGCUAUGGCCAUUGCCAAAGCACCAUAUAUUUUGUCACUAAGUUUGGAAAAAAGGAUCAUUCCGAGGGCUGCAGUUGUGCAAUUUCUUCUCAAAAAAGGUUUGACUCAUAAGAAUGGAAGCUUAACGCAUCCAUUUGUACUGCCCGAGAAGUUGUUUCGUGAUAUGCUUAAAAAACGUUUUAAGAACGAGUCCUCUUAUUUAUUAACUUUGUAUGAGGAAAAACUCAAUCAUGCAUAUACUGCGGACAAGACAUGCAUGUCGUGA